GUGACCACUGGCCAGUGAGCGAGUCUCUGCCAUUUUUGUGUUUCUUUUCUCAGUGGGGAUGAUGGGUUGCGUUGGGGUUUGGAUAGAUUCUUGAGCUCGGCUGUCACCCAAGAACAGGACCCUUAACUUCAUUUCUUUUCAUUUCCAUUAUCUUUUGGUUGCUUUGAAAAGCAAAUUUCAUUUCGGAGCCCGCUUUCGUUUUCCCCUUUCCCCAUCUGGUUUUCCAUUUCAGCUUCUGCUUCGAAUCUGGUUUAGGUUUCAGCUUCUUACUUCCUGUCUUUGCUUAAGCUCAAACCCGUCAUACCCAUCUUGCAGAACGGAUAUAUUCUCUCUUAUUGCGUCUUUUUAGCUACUUACUUUUUCAUAUUCUGAAAGAAUCAGUGCAGAUGGGGGUUUUGAGCUGAUUUCACCUAAUGCAACAGAUACCCACUUCUACUCUCGUUUUUCUCACCAAGUAUCAGCUGAGAUUCUGCUCUGUUUAUCUUCUGCUUUAGAGUUUCUGAGUUGCUCAGCUUCCCCACUUCACUAGGCUGACAAGAUCCUGGUUGGAAUUUCUGCUUUGUCUCUGUUUUGCUUCUAGGUCUUCAUACACGAGAUAAAGGUAGUGGCUUCUGAGCUUUUUAAGCUACAUUUCAAGUUCUUUUCCCCGACCCAAGUUUCUAUUUUGAGGCAUCGAUCGCUUGUGAUGGGUUGGUUGGUGUCUCUGGGGUUGGCCUGGGUGUUGUCGCUCUCAGUGGUGUGCUCAGUGAGUGGGAUAGGGGCAAACUGGGGCACUCAGGACACACACCCUCUCCCACCAGCGACGGUGGUGAGGAUGCUGAGAGACAAUGGCUUCCAAAAGGUGAAGCUUUUCGACGCGGACUAUGGGGCGUUGAGAUCUCUGGGAAGGACUAAUAUUGAGGUCAUGGUGGGGAUACCCAACGACAUGCUUGCUUCCUUGGCGAGCAGUGUGAAAGCUGCUGAGAGAUGGGUGUCCAAGAAUGUCUCCACUCACAUCUCCAGCUUUAAUACCAACAUAAGGUAUGUUGCUGUUGGCAACGAACCUUUCCUGCAAACCUACAAUGGAAGUUUCCUCACCACAACCUAUCCUGCCCUCCGGAAUGUCCAAUCUGCCCUCAUAAAAGCUGGCCUGAGCAGCCAAGUGAAGGUCACUGUCCCCCUCAAUGCCGACGUCUAUGAGAGCUCGAGCAGCUUACCAUCUGGUGGGGAUUUUCGUGCGGACAUCCGCAACUACAUGAUCCAGAUUGUCAAAUUCCUGAGUGAUAACGGGGGUUCUUUCACUGUGAAUAUCUACCCCUUCAUUAGUCUCUACACUGAUGCCAACUUCCCCGUGGAUUAUGCCUUCUUUGAUGGCAACACAUCCCCAUUAGUCGAUGGCAGCACAACGUACUAUAACAUGUUCGAUGCUAACUACGACACACUCGUGUGGGCCCUGCAGAAGAAUGGCUUUGGGAACUUGCCCGUCAUAGUCGGAGAGAUUGGGUGGCCCACUGAUGGGGACCGGAAUGCGAACCUGGUCUAUGCCCAGCGCUUCAACCAAGGCUUCAUUUCCCACAUAUCGGGUGGCAAAGGAACCCCCAUGAGACCUGGACCCAUUGAUGUGUACUUGUUCAGUCUUAUCGAUGAGGAUGCUAAGAGCAUCGAGCCAGGAAAUUUCGAGCGCCACUGGGGGAUUUUCAGCUAUGACGGGAGGCCGAAGUACUUGUUCAAUCUUGGCACCACCAAUUCCAAUGGCUUGAUUCCUGCACAAGGCGUGCACUAUCUCGAGCAGAAGUGGUGUGUGCUGAAAAUGUCAGCCAACCUCACAGCUGAUAUAGUGGCGCCAAGCGUGAGUUACGCGUGCUCCCGUGCUGAUUGCACUGGCCUUGGUUAUGGGACAUCAUGUGGAAAUCUAGAUACUGAAGGGAACAUCUCGUAUGCAUUUAAUAGUUACUACCAGAUACAUAAUCAGCUUGACGACGCUUGCAAGUUUUCAGGCUUGGCGACGGUCACGACGACGAAUCCUUCAGUAGGGAGUUGCAAAUUCAUCAUCAUGAUCGAACCCUAUUAUGGGAGUGCUGGAAGGCUACGUGGCUAUCUCGGAAAUGUAUUCGGAUCGUCACUCAGCCUGAUUGUUUUGUUUCUGAUUAUUCUGUGACACUUAAUUUCUAUGUUCAUAAGCACUAAUUUUUACCAAGCAGGGUUAGGUGAAAGCCAUUGUGUAGAGACAAGGAUGGCAUCAAUGGUCGAUUCUCUGUUUUGGUUGGCAAAUUGGUCAGUGGAUGAGGCAAGAUCAUGGUUAGAAUGCUUAUCACCGGGAUGAGGCAUGAUGCGAUGGUUACUUAGAGAUAUGCUGUCUUGAUAGAACAAGAUGAAUUGUCUUCCUCACUCUUCUUUUGGUGUAUACAAGGUGAAUGUAUACACAAGCACAGACAAUAUCUGCGUAUCCUAUUUCUUGGGCAGCAGGGUUUUGUUUCUGGGUUGUUCAGUUGUGCCUUAUGCUCUUCCGCUCACGGUAGGUUUGCCUAUCAGGAGGCGAUGCAUUAUUGACGUGGGACAAAACGGCGGAUGAGUUCACGGAUUGAGCUUUGCCAAAUCUAAGAACAUUUGUUUGUGAUUUGAGGAUAAAGUAUUGUCUUGAUCACCAGUGGUCCGCCUACUUAUUUUGCUAAAAGUAGCCAAAUGCCUUUUCUUGUGUAA